ACCCCUCCACCGUCGCCGGCACCAUCUGAAACAGUGUGAUUGGUAUUUCGUUCCACUCUCCGGCAAAAGUUCUUCCCUUUUUCUCUUCUGAAUUCUUCAAUGGCGGCUUCACUUGUUCUCAACCGAGUAUCUCGAGCUACCAGCUCAAUCACUCUCCGUCGGGUCGCAGGUUUCAGUUCCCUUAAUGCUCAAAUUCACGGUGGAAGUAUCUCCGGAACACUACUUCGAGAGAGAUCAUUAGCUACUCUUGCUGGAGGAGCUUCCCAUUUUGAUGAGAUGGUAUCUGUGAAUCAACGAAAGUAUUAUCUUCUGGGUGGUAAAGGAGGUGUUGGGAAAACGAGCUGUGCUGCUUCUCUUGCGGUUAAGUUUGCUAGCCACGGUCAUCCAACCAUUGUGGUUUCAACUGACCCUGCUCACUCCUUGAGUGAUUCUUUUUCCCAGGAUUUGUCAGGAGGAGUUCUAAAAGCCGUUCAAGGUGUUGAUUCUCCACUUCUAGCUCUUGAGAUAACACCUGAGACAAUGAAGGAAGAGAUUAAAAGUCAGACAGGCGGUAAAAGCGUUAAAAAUAUGAUGGAUAGCAUGGGGCUUGGAAUGUUUGCUGGCGAGUUAGGGGACUUAAAUCUUGAAGAUAUGCUCAAUGCUGCCUCCCCUGGUAUUGACGAAAUAGCAGCUAUUUCCAAGGUCCUUCAAUUUAUGGAGUCACCAGAAUACAAUAGGUUCACUCGUAUAGUUUUUGAUACUGCUCCUACGGGACAUACUCUGCGGCUUCUUUCCCUACCAGACUUCUAUGAUUCAUCCAUUAGCAAAAUAACAAAGCUCAAGAAGAAGAUCACUGCAGCAGCUUCAGCCUUUAAGUCGGUCUUUGGCAAAAAAGAGAUACAACAACAAGAACCUCCUAACGAGUUAGACCAACUGAAAGAGAGAAUGGAGAAAGUUCGAAAUGUUUUCCGUGAUGUUAACACUACCGAGUUUGUCAUUGUGACCAUCCCAACGGUGAUGGCAAUAAACGAGUCUUCAAGGUUACAUGCAUCUUUAAAAAAAGAAAAUGUGCCAGUUCACAGGCUUAUUGUUAAUCAGCUUCUACCUCAAUCUGAAUCCGACUGCAAAUUUUGCUCGAUGAGACGAAAGGAACAAACGCGUGUCCUUGGACUUAUUCAGAACGAUACAGAACUUUGUGGGUUAAAAUUGAUACAAUCCCCAUUGCUAGACGCAGAGAUAAGAGGUGUCCCUGCACUUAAGUUCAUGGGUGAUCACAUUUGGAGAUAAGAAAAUUAGUGUUCAUCUUUCAUUUCCAGUGAGUAACAAUAAGUUAAAUUCUUCUGCUGCCUUAAGAUAUGAAAUUCUAGCUGAUGAGAGGAAAACAAAUUAACAUGUAUUAACCUUACGCCAGGAAAUUAAUGGAAGUUCUAUGAGGUUUUCUCA